AUUGGUGGUGGUGGACGAAGGCCGCCUGGUCUUCUUCGCAAAAAAAAGUCGUCAUCAAGCAUCACGAGUGUGAUAAUGUCGGACAACAGUGCAAAAGAAGAUGCCCUUUUGGAUGUGAUUUUCAACCCUUUAAUGCCGGCUGGUGGUGAAAUACCACACGUCAGCCAGGCCGAUGAGACACAAGAUGAUGAUGAUAACGAAGCUUCUAACGAGGCCAAAGAGUUGGAGCUUCAAGGAGUUCACAGCGCAGAAGCAGGAGACGUGAAUUCAGCCAUUGAUUUCUUCAAUAAGGCUGUCCAGGUUGCACCACAGAGGGCGUCCUGCUACAAUAACCGAGCCCAGGCCUUACGUCUGAAGGGGGACGUAAUUGGAGCUUUGGAUGAUCUGGACCAUGCCAUUGAGCUCAGCAGGGAUCACGGUAAAGCCGCCUGCCAGGCUUACACCCAGCGAGCCCUCAUCAAUCGACUGGAGGGACACAACGACGAAGCCCUCAACGACUUCAAGAUGGCUGCAAGUCUAGGGAGUUCGUUCGCCAAGUCACAGGUCGUCAGGAUGAAUCCUUACGCUGCCAUGUGUAACCAGAUGCUCACGGAUGUCAUUGGACGCUUGAAGGCAGGGGAGUAUCAAGAUGGCAGUGAUGAACCCCUGAACUAACUCCCGUGGCUGACCUGAAUCCUCCAAAAUCCACCAUUGUUCAAGAACUCACUGCAACAAUCUAUUUAUGGACUUUUCAAAAGGGGAAUCAGUCCCCACAUUAUCUUGCAAAACCCUCCUGGUCAAUUUUGACAAAUCUGGGAGCAUCGGGUUUAUGGUUUUUCUGCAGGGUGUGAGUGGGAUUAAAACAUUUAAGUCUUAGUCUUCAUACUUUCUGAAAUAUUCAGUGUUCAUAACACUUCAAAUUUACACAGAAACUUGUUGGAUGGCAAAUUUUCAAUGUUCUAGUGCUAAUCAAACCACACAACCUAUGAAUGUUCAAUGGAGAUAAUAUACGUCUGGUGUUUUAUUUCUUCUUCCACAUCUGUUGGAUGUUUUAAAUGUGUAAUUUGUACAAUAAAAUAAUUAUUAAGCCAAUAAUACAAGUCUGACUUUGAAUUUUAUUAAAUUGUAAGAUCUAAAACAACGACAAAUUCAAUGUUUAUAGUUUUAUGUUUAUGUUAGACAUUGGUGUGGGGAGUGUUAUGGUUUGUUUUGACAUAUAUUCAUAUCUAAAUACUUUUUUUGAUGUGGGAUAUAUUUCAACACAAAAGACAUAUUUCAGCCAAAGCAAAGCUACUGCUAGGGUUUCACUACUUUCACAAAGUAAAACCAAGUCUUGUUUAACAUAGCAAAGUGUUUUCUGACAGACUCUGAACACCUAAAUUGUAUUAAAAUUGUUCGUUGAGUUUAUGGAUUGGAGUCUAGUACAUGUACAUGUAUCUUCAAUGCAUGAAGUAUUUUGAGGUUUUCUUGAAACCUUUCAAGUUUUAAACAACAUUCACAAUAGUAUUUAUGUUUGCCUUUAUUUCAUUUCCAUUGUAAAAUAUAUACAUGUAUUUAUUCUAAGCAAUAAAAACCACUUGG